UCCAUCGAUUAAUAGCCAAAGUGUAAGUUUGGACAUGGAGGGCUCCGGCGACAUGGACGCGGCGCCGCUCCUCCGGCCGGUGCCGGGCAGCUACGGCGUGCCGUUCUUCUCCGCCGUGCGCGACCGGCUCGACUUCUUCUACCUCCAGGGCGAGGACAGGUACUUCGAGUCGCGCGCCGCGGCGUACGGCUCCACCGUCGUCCGCGUCAACGUCCCGCCGGGCCCGUUCAUCGCGCGCGACCCGCGGGUGGUGGCGCUCCUCGACGCCAAGAGCUUCCCGGUGCUCUUCGACGUCGACAAGGUCGAGAAGAGGGACGUGUUCACCGGCACCUACAUGCCGUCCACCUCGCUCACCGGCGGCCACCGCGUCUGCUCCUACCUCGACCCCUCCGAGCCGAAGCACGCCAAGCUGAAGCAGAUGCUCUUCUCCCUCCUCGCCUCCCGCAAGGACGCCGUCGUGCCGGUCUUCCGCUCCAACUUCGGCGCGCUGCUCGACGCCGUCGAGUCCAAGCUUGCCAGCGACGGCAAGGCCGACUUCACCGGCCUCAACGACGUCACCUCGUUCGAGUUCAUCGGUGAGGCCUACUUCGGCGUGCGCCCCUCGUCGUCCGCCGCGCUCGGCGCCAGCGGGCCGAGCAAGGCCGGCAAGUGGCUGAUAUGGCAGAUCUGCCCGGUCUUCACCGUCGGCCUCCCGAUGAUCAUCGAGGACCCGCUGCUGCACACGGUGCCGCUGCCGCCCUUCCUCGUCAGCUCCGACUACAAGGCGCUGUACAGCUACUUCUCCGCCGCCGCGUCGCCGGUGCUCGACGCCGCCGAGGGCCUCGGGCUGCCGCGGGAGGAGGCCUGCCACAACCUGCUGUUCGCGACGGUCUUCAACAGCUACGGCGGCCUCAAGCUGCUGCUCCCGGGGAUCCUGGCCCGCGUCGCAGAGGCCGGCGGGAAGCUCCACGAGAGGCUGGCCACGGAGAUACGGGGCGCGGUGGCCAGCGCCGGCGGCAACGUGACGCCGGCCGCCCUGGAGAAGAUGGAACUGACCAAGUCGGUGGUGUGGGAGUUUCUCCGGUUGGACCCGCCGGUGAAGUUCCAGUACGGCCGCGCCAAGGCGGACAUGCGGGUGGAGAGCCACGACGCGGCGUACUCGAUCAAGAAGGGGGAGAUGCUGUUCGGGUACCAGCCGUGCGCCACCAGGGACGCCCGGGUGUUCGGCCCGACGGCGGCGGAGUUCGUCGGCGACCGGUUCGUCGGCGAGGAAGGGAGGAAGCUGCUCAAGUACGUGUACUGGUCGAACGGGCGGGAGACGGAGAGCCCUAGCGUCGGCAACAAGCAGUGCCCCGGCAAGAACCUGGUGGUGCUCGUCGGAAGGCUCCUGCUCGUCGAGCUCUUCCUCCGGUACGACACCUUCACCGCCGAGCAGGUCGGCAAGGCCGCCGCGAAGGUCGUCAUCACCGGGGUCACCAAGGCUGCAACCUCCGUUAGUCAUGGUGCUGCUUAAACCUCGCCGGCGGCCGGUACUUUCGAAGAUCACCGGCGGCAACUCGUAAGUGUACGGUGGUCGAUCGUCCUCGCAUCCACUGCACCAGCGCCACGUAUGGAUUACAAGUAUUAAACAUUCGACCACUGUUUUUAGAAAAUGUACGACAUUUUAAACAUUCGACUAUUGUUUUGUUCAAAAACUUCUUAAAAUAAUUGUUUGUUAUGUUUUAACUUCUCUAGUUAUUAAAAUUACUUGCAGGUUUUUUAUUUACGAAUUUUUUUAAUAAAACAAAUGAUCAAACAUAAUGUCCAUAAUUUAAAGUGUCGUACAUCUGAGAACACGAGUAGUAUAUACUAUUUGCGUGGCUAAGCACCGAGAAGAUUGAAAGCCUUUUUUUUUGUUUUUAUACUACAUGUUUCAUCUUUGAAAUUGUAAAAGUGUAUUUAUAUGUAACAGUGCAAUUGUACUCCGUAAUACCCUUCUUUUAAUACGCGUUAUAAUAUUGGUGGAAA